GUGUCAGUUCGUGGAAACACGGAAGUAAACUCGAGUGGGAGUGGACGGAGGCCAUCAUCACAGCUCCUCACCUCACCGAGCCUGUCACGGAGAAUCGACAAUUUGGAUCCAAGAUGACGGACUCCAAGUACUUCACCACAACCAAGAAAGGCGAGAUCUUUGAGCUCAAGGCAGAGCUGAACAGCGAUAAGAAAGAGAAGAAGAAGGAGGCUGUGAAGAAGGUCAUUGCGUCUAUGACAGUUGGCAAGGAUGUCAGCGCUCUGUUCCCAGAUGUCGUGAACUGCAUGCAGACGGACAACCUGGAACUGAAAAAGCUGGUCUACCUCUACCUGAUGAACUAUGCCAAGAGUCAGCCUGACAUGGCCAUCAUGGCCGUCAACACCUUUGUGAAGGACUGUGAAGACCCCAACCCUCUGAUCCGGGCGCUCGCUGUCCGCACUAUGGGCUGCAUCCGUGUGGACAAGAACGAGUACCUCUGCGAGCCGCUGAGGAAAUGUCUGAAGGAUGAAGACCCAUAGAGGAAGACCGCUGCUGUGUGUGUAGCAAAGCUCCAUGACAUCAACGCCCAGUUGGUGGAGGAUCAAGGCUUCCUGGACACGCUCAAAGACCUCAUCUCUGACUCUAACCCCAUGGUA